AUGAAAGUCCUCUCCAAGGCGUCGUCCGAAUCAGACAUUUACGAAUCUCCGCUGGGUGUCACUGAAGAAGACACAUCUUUUUAUAUAUUUGGAAAAACGCAAUUUCAAAAGACUAACGUAAUUGUAACUAAGAACUGCUCGGGAAAGAAAAAACAAUUAGAAGAAGAGCAAGACAUUACAACCAAAGCCGAAGAAAACGCUGCGACAAAGUUUGGACCAAAUGCCUGUCUUCAUUAAUCCGGAAAGACUGGGUACAAAAGAACAUCUACAGAACUCUGACCGAACCACGUGAAUCGACAGCUAUAAUGCCUACUGUCAUGCAAACGAAGUUGUCAAGGCAUCGCAGCAGAAGAGAGUUAGAGAGAGUCUCCGCAAACACUACAUAACUCAAGACAUCGUAACUGUGAGAAAGAAUAUAAACUUUUACAAUUCAUCUGGAAGCUGGACAAAGUGAAAAAAAAAAACACCUCUGUUUCUCACGCCACGGCGUCAACCCGCUGUGCCCGCCCGCCCGCGCCGAGGACGUUGCAUGCCACGAAGGAACUUUAGAACUACUUCGAGGAGAAAUACUGGAGAAACAAAAACACGAAAGACCUAUUCAAGGCGUCGUCCGAAUCAGACAUCCACGAAUCUCCGCUGGGUGUGCUGUGAAGAAGACACAUCGUUUUAUAAAUGGAAAAACGCAAUUUCAAAAAACAAGGUAAUUGAAGACACUUGUAUACCGUAUACUACAAGAUUCCUUCGACUAAUUUUAUGGUUGCGGUAGUGCUCGUGGCAACUUGUGACAAAAGGAAAGGACUGGAUACAAAAGGACACAUCUAUACGAGUUUGACCUCACCUCGUGCAUAUGUGCGGACAACCUGUGCAUUCCACUGAAAACAUCGUGACUCCAAAAAAGAUUAGAAACUUUUAUAAAUGGAAAAAUUCGAAUGAUGAACAAGAGGCGAACGUAAUUUUAAGACACUCGAUCGUAUACCGUAUAUUACAAUAUUCCUUCAACUCUCCUGGCGCUCGGUACACCUCGACACAUUGCGACAAGCUUUGUACCAAAUAUGCCUGCCUUAACUGCUGCGAAAGGACUGGAUACAAAAGGACACAUCUAUACGAGUUUGACCUCACCUCGUGCAUAUGUGCGGACAACCUGUGCAUUCCACUGAAAACAUCGUGACUCCGAAAAAGAUUAGAAACUUUUAUAAAUGGAAAAAUUCGAAUGAUGAACAAAAGGCGAAUUUCGAACUCUCCCCGGUGAGUCAGUUAUUAAGUAAUAUGCAAAGUAACUUCUAAACAUUUACAUUUUCUAAUUGUUAAUAUUUUCAUGUGUUAUCAAGGAAGGAGAAAAAGAAGAGGAACAGCAGGAAAGAGAGACAGAUAUGCAAGAUGAUGAAAGGAAUGACGAUGAUCAUUCAGAACCUAUGUUCCCCAAACCUCUCAAGGUUUGUUUCCUAUAAUGUUAUCCGGUAUAAUAAUAUUAUAUGUCGUUCUUAGAUCGUGCUCAUGGGUAUGCCAUGGUAAACACAACAGGAGUUAGAAGGAUAACACGAUAGCCACAUAUAAGGUGGUAAUAUAUUUAAAACAUUUAUUUAUAGAAUAAGAGACGAUUGAAACCCUGCCCCAUCUGCGGGCGUUCCUUCAAGGUCCUCUUAUCACACCUAAAGGUUAAUCAUAAACUCGGCGCACAGGAGGCAAAGCGUCUGUCCGGCAAGAAACGUCUUGUGCAGUUCGGGACUACUCAAAAGACCCGCCCUGUCCCUUGCCCGCACCCUGGAUGCAGAAAUGUGGUCGUCCGUGUCGACCGGCACCUCGUCAGGGUGCACGGAAUGGAAAAAACAGACACAGAGUACAUUCGCAUGAACAAUGAAACAAAGGCCAAGAGGCAUAGUGUUGCAUCAAAAAAAGCGGCGAAGUUGUUAAAUAGAAAGUCGCCAAUGAAGAUGGAAGACCUUCCAUUGAAAGGAGAAACAAAAGACAUAGAAGUGUUGUUUGCCAAAUUGCUUUCACGAGAAACCAUCAGACAAAAGCUCAAGUUAAUUGAUUUUCAAGUUUUUUCUCCUCUUUUCAAGAAAGAGAGUGGCAAACAUCAGUUAUAA